CACACUCACUCCUCCCAUCCUUGGAAAAAAAAAAAAAAAAACCGCCCAACCCAAAUAAAUAAUAUCGUUCCGAGCCUGCCGGCGUCCUCGGUGCCCUCUCCUUCUUCCCGGGCUCAGCGCGCUCCAGUUCUGCGGAAGGCUGCGACCGGAGGCGGCGGCGCGGGCCCCGUGCGGGGCGCGAAGCAAGAAGCGGGCGCGCCCGCGGCCGCACUAUGCUCCCCAGCGCCGUGGCGGCCCACGCCGGCGCGUACUGGGACGUGGUAGCGUCCUCCGCGCUCCUCAACUUCCCCACAGCGCCAGGCUUUGGCAACCUGGGCAAGAGUUUCCUGAUCGAGAACUUGCUGCGGGCUGGGGGCGCCCCGCCGCACGGGCUGCAGCCACCCGCGCACCACGGCCCCGCGUCGGCUCUAGUCGCCGCCGCCGCCGCCACAGCCGCCCGCGCGCAGGUCCGGCCCCUGCCGGCCAGCCCCGUUCCCCUCAAGCUGUGCCCUGCGGCGGAACAAGUCAGCGCCCCCGGCGCGCCGUACGGCACGCGUUGGGCUUUUCAAGUGCUCAGCCCCUCGGCGGACGGCCCCAGGCUGCCGGGCCGGGCCCCGGCGGACCGAGACUGUACCUUCCAGCCUUCAGCCCCAGCGUCUUCCAAGCCUUUUUUCCUGAGUGCCCCUCCAUUCUGCUCGGCAUGCUGCGGUGGGUCCUGUCGGCGCCCUGCAUCCCCCACUGCUUUUGCAAGAGAAGAGAGUGUGCUGCCUCUCCUGACACAGGACUCUAACUCCAAAGCUCGGAGGGGAAUUUUAAGAAGAGCUGUUUUUUCUGAGGAUCAGAGAAAGGCUCUGGAGAAAAUGUUUCAGAAGCAGAAAUAUAUCAGCAAAACAGACCGAAAGAAACUCGCCCUCAGCUUGGGACUAAAGGAAUCACAGGUGAAAAUUUGGUUUCAGAACAGAAGAAUGAAGUGGCGGAAUUCCAAAGAGAAGGAAGUGCUUUCCAACAGGUGUGUCCAAGAAGUAGGCCUUCCAGAGGAUCCCCUCUCACGGUCUGCUCUGGGGUUCCCUUCUCCAUGUCCUGCGCUAUGGGAAGUCUCCCAGCAGCACUCGAGUCCAAGAUGGAGGGAGAAUUCGCCAGAACCUUCAGAAAGACUCAUCCAGGAGAGUUCAGGGGCAGCACCCCCGGAAGCAAAGUCACUGCAGAGUGCCUUAUAUUUGUGUUCCGAAGAAGCUGGAGACAAGAGCGUCCUUGCUGGGGCGGUCUGAAUCGAAGCCUUCCUCUAUGUUAAUUUAAAAGGAUGCUUAACUAAUAACAUUUGGACUCUAAAGCCAGCUAGCUUGUGCCUCAUCGGUGCCUAAAACGUACUACCUUUGGAGUGAUGCAUGAACUAAUGCUUUAGGAAACCCUCUCCAAUGUUCUCUCGUUGGGCUCCCGCACUCAGGCUUAAUGUGUAAGUGGAAUAGAAUCUCCCAGAAAGUACAAAGGAACUGAAAAGAAUGAGAAUUACAGUUAGCUCAGUCCCUGGUCUGAGUAUGUGUGUAUAUGUGUGUUUGUCUUUACGUGUAUAUAUAUAUAUAAAUAUUCACUGAAAUACAUUAGUAGGAGCUAGUUCCUCUUUAAAUAUUGUACUAAGCAAAUUUGUGUCCUUUUAUAUGAGGAAAAAAACAAUUAUUAACUGGAUGUUAAUAAUUUUUUGAAAAGAAUGUAGUAUUUGGAUUUUGGUCCAACGUGUUUUUUGUUUUUUGUUUUUGUUUUUUUAAAAUUCCCUAUUUUCUGGUUUCUUUCAGUGUCCAGCUAUAAGUGAAACUUAACAACUCAGCUCAGCUACCCUAAUCGAAUGAGCCACUAUUAGAUAUAUACACUGAAAGUAUAUACUUAAAAGUAAUCCAACAAGAAAACUAGAAGAAUUUCUGAAUGAAACUAUUAGAACCCUAAAUUUUCCAAGUCUCUGGACUUCAUCAGGACAUCAUUGAGGGAGGUACCCAUUUAACUAAUGAUUAUCUUUUGAUCUCUUCUCUGUGAGGAUGGGCCUUAAUCAAGGUUUGCAAAAUGAAAUGCCUUUAAGGGCCUAUCAGUAAAGAAAGGCCAUGGUCCACCUAAAAAUAUUUAAGUUUAAUAAUUUACGAAAUAUUGUGUUGGGCAAAAGAAACCUCUGUGCCAAGCAGUUUGUGACCUCUGGCCAAGACUUAAAGAAAUGUCACAGUUCCUAAAAUGUUCCCAACUGGACUUCAAAACACAAUACUGAUGGAACUGGUAGUGGAUUUCUGUUUGCACUUCUAGUUAUAGACUCAAUUUUCCACUUAGGUGGUAUACACUAUAUAUAUUAGGUUAUUUUUAUGUAUUAACAAGCACCACACAGAUGUUUUGUGUGUUUUGUUGUUCCUGAAAUAGUCAUAUUAUAAAAUUGCAUUUCUGGUAAUGAUUUGCUUAGUUAAUCUAGAAAUUUUUAUUCAAGGUCCAAGAAAAAAUUAUGUUUCACUUUGAAGGAAAUGAGGCAGAAAAAGGAAAUGAUGCGGUUUUGAACUAGGUUAUUAUUAAUCUGUGGACAAGAAACGUUAUUAGAAGUUCAUGAUGUGGAAUUUUGUUAGUGAGAAAGCUGCGUAAAGGGAGUGGCUUCUAAUUUGCUUACAUUCCUAGUUAUAGACUUUGAAGCUUUAGGGUUUAGAGAAGGUAAUAUCUAAAAAGACAGUGGUUUCAGUCAGCAUCAGGAAAUGAUUUUGUUUGAACAUGAUUAGAAUUGGGGUAUGCUAGCCUGUGUCUUUAUCAUAAGAUGCUUUACUUAAAAGUCCUCUCAGAAGAAGCUUGUCCUAGUGUCUCUGUGGGAAAGAGGAGCAGGGAUCUGCAGACAACAAUUUAAAAUUUAAAACCUAUCUUUAAAUGAUUUGUAGUAUUGUUGUUGUUGUUGUUUUCCCCUUGGUAGGAUGUUAACCUCACCUACAUUUAUUGGAUGUGCCAGAGAAUGUGCUAAGCUUUUAGGGUGAAUUAAUUCAUGGUGGUCCUCAUGAAAGUAGCCCUAGGAGGUAGGCGCUAUUAUUGUCAGGAUUGCUUUUUCCCAGGUGAGGGUUUAAGGCUAUGAGUUAGGGUGGUAGCCCAAGGUCAUGAGGUUAAUAAAUGGAAUUUGGACCCUGGCCAUCAAGUUUCAAAUCUUGAAAUCCUACCAGCCAUCUUGGGGGUUGUGUGUGCAUACCACUGUAGAAUGUAUUCACCAGCUAUGGGAUGCGUUGUAAGACAUACGUUUCGGAGAUUGCAGUAAGAUUUAUUAAAGAAAUUCAGAAGCAUAUUGUACUUUAUGAUCUCUUACUUGGGGAAUGGUUUUCUUUCUAGUGUUCUCUUCUCUAUUAACUUUGAAAUUUGGGGAACGUAAAGAAUUGCAAAAGCCUUCAACUAUGAAGCCUCUAUAGAAAAUAGUCCCAUAGGAGUCUUUCAGUGAAAUGAAACUAUUUUUUUUUUUUUUUACCACUCACUGCUAAAAAUUUCAAGUGCUUAUCUAUGGUUAAUGUUUCUUGAGAAUAACUUGAAGUUAAAUGAGAGCCACCUGCUUCACGGCACCUGAUAAGCCAGGUUUUAUGUGGGCUAAUUGGUGCUCAAAUGAUCUUCCCCCAGACUUUCACCACAAGCUCUGAGACUCAACAAGGGCUUUUUUUUUUCUGUAAGGUUGGCCUGAUAUUUAAAUAUGCAAAUAAAUAUUUUAAUUGCUUUCUACUCUGGAAUGCUUUAAGCCUCGGCAAAGUACAGUUUAAAUGACUAUGUUAGGGAUACUUAGGACACACGCAGAGACUCAUACACUUGGUGCUCAUACAUAAACCUGCUGUGCCUUCACUUUGCCUUCACUCACCUGAAUUACAUGAGAGAACUGCUGAGCGUGGUAUUCUAAUGAACAGUUCUCUCCCUUUUUUUUUUUUUUUUUUGAGAUCAAUGAGGUAGAAA